CCGUCGUUGUUGGUGAAUCGGGUAGAGAGCAACCUACAUUUCGAUAAGAUAAGAUAAGAUGCCCUGUUAUCGGGGGAGCCAAAGCGAUCCAGGUAUAAUGCAACCGGUGCGAUUGGAGCGCUCAUUUCGACGGUGGAACGCGAUAGGAGUGAUCGAAUCGACGACACUUCGACGGAAGUCUUCCAACUGGAGGAGAGCAACCUACAACCAACCAGACAAUCGACGUGUGGGAUUAGCAAGUGCGCAUUUGGAAAAGUGAUUCAUCAGAGUGAUUGCAGAACAGUUAGGAAAAUUAGUCCAAUUACCAGUCAAUAACAGACAAUUGGUAGCAGUUAAAUCGUGAUUAAGUGAAUUCCAACGGAUAUCUGUGAUGAGUGUGUAAAUUCUGAUCCAAGUGAAACAAAAGCUAAAAUGAAGAUUCUUGUCAAAAUUACAAUCGUGGCGAUUUGCCUAGCACUGGUUCUGGCCGUCGAGGACGAUGACAGCAAGAACAAUACCAGCGACAAGCAGAGUAAAUCCAACAGCACCGAUGCCCCCCAGAAGGAACCGCACCCCCUAUGCUCUACGUGCAACUGCAACGCCGAAAAGCGAACCUUCGACUGCACCUCGAUGAAGCUGUACAAACUGUUCAACAUGAGCGAUUGGGCAACGCUGAACGAAAGCGGCGUGGCCACCGAUACGAUGAUCCUCAGCCGGAACGGCCUGUCGGAGGUUCCUCAGUUCCCAACGUUCGACGCCAAAGUGUUGGAUCUGAGCAACAACAACAUUAGCACCAUUGCCAAGAAGGCCUUCUACUAUCUGAAGAAUUUGGAGGUGCUGGACCUGUCGCACAAUAUGCUCACCAGGAAGGUACUGAUUCCGGAGAUCUUCGAGGGAAGCUACAAUCCGGAUGAGUACCUGCCGAUGGAACACUUGAGGGUGCUCCGGCUGGGAAACAAUCAGUUGCAUUCGCUGGAUCCGGAUCUGUUUGAGCAUAUGCCCAAUUUGGAGGAGCUGAGUCUGAAGGAGAACACUUUCAAGAUAAUCGAUCAACCGACGGAGAUCGCCAUCGGGAACAUUAUGACCCUGCGGGUGUUGGAUUUGAGCUAUAUGGAGCUGCUAGAACUUCCGAAAAGGAUAUUCCAUACUCCGCAAGGUCUGCAAUAUUUGAACUUGACUGGAAACUUGCUGACGACCAUUCCGGAAGCCUUGGAAUAUGCCAUCAAUCUGAAGUGGCUCAGCAUGGACGAGAACCCGAUGGAGAACAUUCACGGUGAAGACAUCUUCCCGGCGAUCAAAACCCUGGAAUACCUCAGCCUGUCGUACAUGACUCCGCUGAAGGUGAUUGGACGCGGGGCGUUCAGCAAGCUGGAAGGUCUGCAGGAGGUCCACAUUUGCAACAAUCCGGAGCUGUCGCACUUGCACGGGGAAGCAUUCAGCCGGGCGGAUCCGGACUAUCCGGUGCGGUUGGAGUGGCCCCGGAUCAAGCAGCUGUAUCUGCACAACAACAACCUCACCAUGUUGGAUUCGCAGCUGCUGGCCCGGUGGGACGAUAUGGAGGUGAUCGAUAUCCGCGUCAAUCCGUGGCUGUGCGAUUGCGACAAUCAGUGGAUGGUAGAGACGCUGCUGCCGAUCAUCGAGAAGACGACGCCUAAGAUCGUGAAUAAUAUUGUCUGCGCCGCCCCGGACCAGAUGAAGGGCCUCUCGAUGGUCGAGCUGGAGCACAAGCAUAGCCAGAUGCGUUGCCAGGACAAGUAUGGCAACCGGCCGCAGAACGAUGGGGCCCUGCUGAUUGGGCUGCUGAUCGGCGUCCUGGUCGGUAUUCCGCUCACGGCGGCCAUCAUCCUCGUCUACCGGCGCGGUUGCUUCGGUUUCAUCCGACGGGGUCCAGCCGACUUUUCGCGAGCCUUCUACAGCCCUGCCACCAAUGAUGAUUUCUAACAUGUGCCAAAAAUGAAACAACAUAGUCAGGGUCCGGAAAGUGUGAUGACAUUAGUUUUGCUUUCUUUCACUUCUAGUUAUUUUUCUCUCUCUUUCUUUCUUUCCUUCUUGAUGUUGUAUGUGAUUAGAAGCAAGGUGUAAA